AUGCAUAUGAAUGCUCAUUAUAAAAUGCAUACAAACUAUAAGCCAUACAAAUGUAAUUACAGUGAUUGUCAUAAAUCGUUCAAAUGUUUGGGACAUUUAAUAACCCACAGAAAUAGUGUUCAUUUAAUUGUGAGAUAUGUAUGCGAUUGGAGUGAAUGUCGCAAACAGUUUACAGCAAAACAAUCUUUACUUCGACACAAAAUUAGUGUUCAUUUGAAUGAAAGGAAAUUCAAAUGUAAUGAAGAAAAUUGUGGCAAAAGUUUCGCAACAAAAGUGGGGCUCAUUCGACACAAUCGCAUACAUUCGGGCGAAAAGCCGUUUGUUUGCCAACAAAAUGAUUGUCACAAAAACGUAUCUCAAACUAUAUCAUUGCCUGAUAAUAAUAAUAAUAAUAAUAAUAAUACAAUUACUAAUGUUAGUAUGUGCAUGGUCAGCGCAAAAAAUAUCAAAAUUGGCGCAAAUCGUGAUGCAUCUAAUGGUGGCAAAUAUUAUCGAUGUUUUUGGCCUAAAUGUAACCAUAAAUGCGUGAAUAUGACAAUUAUGAAUAGUCAUUAUAAAAUGCAUACAAACUAUAAGCCAUAUAAAUGUAAUUACAGUGAUUGUCAUAAAUUGUUCAAAUGUCGUUCACAUUUAAAUCAACACAAAAAUAGCGUUCAUUUACGCGAGAGAUAUGUAUGCGAUUGGAGUGAAUGUCGCAAACAGUUGACAACAAAACACUUAUUACUUGAACACAAAAGUGUCGUUCAUUUGAAUGAAAAGCGAUUUAAAUGCAAUGAAGACAAUUGUGGCAAAAGUUUUGCAACAAAAUCAAACCUAAUUCGACACAAAGUGAUACAUUCGGGCGAAAAGCCUGAAUGUAUUUUAAACCUGUCGCAAAUUAUAUCUUUGGCUAAUGUUUAUAAUACUAACACUAAUAAUCAUACAAUUAUGUGCAUGGUCAGCGUUAACAAUGUAAUAAUCAACCAAAAUCGGCGUGCAUUUAAUGGCAGCAAAUAUUAUCGAUGUUUUUGGCCUAAAUGUAGCUAUAAAUCCGUUAAAGUUACACAUAUGAAUCGUCAUUAUAAAGUGCAUACAGACUAUAAGCCAUACAAAUGUAAUUACAGUGAUUGUCAUAAAUCGUUCAAAUGUUUGGCACAUUUAAUAGCCCACAAAAAUAGUGUUCAUUUAAAAGUGAGAUUUGUAUGCGAUUGGAGUGAAUGUCGCAAACAGUUUAUAACAAAACAGCAUUUAAAUGAACACAAAAAUAGUGUUCAUCUAAAUGAAAGGAAAUUCAAAUGUAAUGAAGAAAAUUGUGGCAAAUAUUUUACCUUAAAAUCAGAUUUAAUUAAACAUAAAUUCAUACAUUCGGGCGAAAAGCCAUUUAUUUGUCAAUUCAAUGAAUGCAACAAAGUGGCCAAGAUGCUACAUACUGAUACAAACUAUAAGCCAUUCAAUUGUAAUUACAGUGAUUGUCAUAAAUCGUUCAAAUGUUUGGCACAUUUAAUAGCCCACAAAAAUAGCGUUCAUUUAAACGUGAGAUAUGUAUGCGAUUCGAGUGAAUGUCGCAAACAGUUUACAGCAAAACCAUCAUUAAAACAACACAAAAGUGCUGUUCAUUUGAAUGAAAGAAAAUUCAAAUGUAAUGAAGAAAAUUAUGGCAAAAGUUUUCAAACAAAGUCAAAUUUAAUUCAACACACUCGCAUACAUUCGGGCGAAAAGCCGUUUGUUUGCCAACAAAAUGAUUGUCACAAAAGUUUUACAACCAUAUCAGACCUUCCAUAA